GUUCGUUCAUAUCGCUUAGUGCUGGCCUGAUGGGAGAAACGGGCAGGUUGGCGCGGUCAUCUGGGGUGAGAGAUAAUCAGUCGGGGCCCGGUCUGUCACUGUCACAGAGAGAAUGCUACAAUGAGCACCUUCUUAGAUUACUCAGUGAUGAGUGGAGACGGCGGCUCCUGCUCUACCACCUCGUACCACUCAGACCACGGAAUUACAACUUUUCAGUCUUGUGCUGUCACAGCUAAUGACUGCAGCGGGGAUGAUCGCUUUAUUGCCAGCCGAGGUUCACCAGGUGGCAUUCCUACACACCCUCACCAAGCGGGAUCAUACCAACCUCACGGCCCACUGGGCAUUACAUACGCCAGCCAUCCGGGCUGCGGUUCUGGCUAUGCCCCCCAGAGUUUCUGUGCCAAUUACAAUCACUACACCUUGAACCAAGACGUGGAUUCUAACACUGGAUAUUCACAAUGUGCCCCCAUCGUUUACUCUGGGAACGUUUCGUCAUCUAUGGUGCAGCAUCGCCAAAGUUACAGUGGGGCGUCUCUUGGACAAUUUCAGUAUACUCACGCUGCCUACGCGCACGAGCAGACCAACCUCACAUUUUCAGGAUUCACGAACCCUCUGUCACCUCUGCAGGUAUCCCACCGUGACUCAUGCUGCUCGCCCCUGUCCGAAAGCUCAACUCCAACGCAGACAUUUGACUGGAUGAAAGUCAAACGAAACCCCCCUAAGACCGGUAAAGCGGGAGAGUACGGCUUCGGCGGACAGCCGAAUACGGUCAGGACCAACUUUACUACUAAGCAGCUUACAGAGCUUGAGAAAGAGUUCCACUUCAACAAGUACCUGACGCGAGCGAGGCGCGUGGAAAUAGCCGCUGCCCUGCAGCUGAACGAGACUCAGGUGAAAAUAUGGUUCCAGAACCGUAGAAUGAAGCAGAAGAAGCGCGAGAAGGAAGGGAUCUUGCCGAAAUCCCCGUCGGGACAAGUGGAGAACGAGGAGAAAAACGAAGACGCCUCAGAAAAAUCACACUCUGUCCCGUCCACACCUUCCCCGGCUUCGUCUACAACAUCUUCAGCGCCUGACCCUUACAUCUCUAGCUAGAUGAUUCAUGUCGUCUGUCCUGCUGGGUCAACACAAAAUAUUAUCCCGUAUGACAUGUGACAACAUUGUACAUAACUUUAUGUCGUAUGCAGAUAACUCGAGAAGAAUAUAAAUGCACUAAGAGGGCGUUUAGAGCAAGGUAAUUUCGCCUGGAACAUUUUAUUAAUUUAAUGUGUUAAAUGUACGUGAUAUGUAGAGCGCAAGCAAGUAACUUUGCCUUUUCACUCCAGACGCUUAACAUUUUUAGAUUUUUUACACGAAGUGGUUUGGGUAUACUGUGGAGUUGUAACACUUGAAUGAAAGCUGCAGGUUGUACGAUGAACGUGUGACAGUCAAUUAAAACUUUAAGAAGACUGAGUUCAGGAGUGUGCAGGUCUGUAGCGGAAGUUCAACCGAACUGACGCCACAACGCCGCAUUUGAGAAGCGUACACUGAAUUACAAUCACCUGGAAAUUAACUCGGAAAACGUCUUUAAAUACCUCGUAAUAUCAGCCUGUUUGCUGCUGUCUCAAAAGUAAUGUGUGGCCAGAUGAAUGUAUUAUGUAAAGUUUGCAUGAUGUGCAACGCUUUCAUGUAUUUUAUUGGACACUGAGUUUUAUCAGUUUGAAAGCAGGAGUGUCUCUGUAUUAUACAUAAAAAGUAGGGCACGUGCAAUGUGUUUCCCACAGCAGUGUUUACGGGUCAAUAUAUGUAUUAAAGCGCUCUUGAAUAUGUA